UUGCGCAUAUUUCUAGCUUGACUGAGAAGAGGCACAUUUGCACGCUUAAUAAGGAUUUUACAAAAAUCAUUCGAGCCCCUUGGGAUGACAGCAACACCAUCACCAACAAGGGGAAAAUUCGUCGACUUGGAGUUGAUUUGCCUGCUUACUUAUUAGCACGUGUUAUAUGGUUCAUACUGUGGACUGACGUGACAAUUAUGGCCAACUAUCACGUAUACGUCAAGAAUUAUCACUGGUCCCACCAAAAUACCAUUGUUCAGUCUCCAGUUCUCGAUUUGGGCGCUCCCGUCUCUUCAUUAAUUGUUCGACCGCUGGAAGGCACCAACAAAAAUGAGCCUCGGAUAAUCUGUAACGUUACUGAUUUAAAAGACGAUAUUCAAGAAAAUGAGUAUCAAACCGAGGCACACGGUUUAUUUGUUUCGACAGGUUCACAAAGACAAGACUUCUUCCCAAUCUGGGUACCUAUCCAUAAUUACAAAUGCAGAGAUGGCGAGAUUUACGGUGUCAAUCUGAUAGCGUCCGAAGCCUGCAAGGCUUCUAUAGCAGAUGUAUGCUGGGUUCCUGGCUAUGAAGCACCCAGUGGCGAUCUGUAUACGGUAAUAGGCGCCCCACGGAUGACAAUCAGAGAGACUCGCGUUCUAGUCCUCGCUCAGCAAUUCGGGUCUCCACGGAAGGCCAAACUUGCUCUCUUCGACCCUUCUCUACUCGCAGGCUUCGAGGAAAUUGACGAUGCUCGAAAGAAAAAGGUGUUUGAAAUACAGCUAAGAGCUCUUCGAGUUGGGCGUCAUUCAACUUCAAGCCCUCUUCUAAACACAUAUCGCCUCUAUAUGUCUUCAUAUAGAAAUGAGAAUGGGAGACGUCCCCUGGAAGAAGUACUACGCGAUGAAUUUGAGCCUUAUCGACCUUCCGAUUCUGAUGGUUCGAGAAGAACAAAGUUGGACAACUCUAGAGAUGAUGAUUCACUAUAUGCUAGACCUUCGUAUGUUUCUCUAGCGAAAGUUCCGAAUGUAAGUAGUCCAUGCUACAUACAAUUGCGUUAGAAUGGGAGAUGGAGGUCUUACUGAACGCCAACGUCCCUUGCAGCAUCUAUGCGACUGCGAUUGUAAAUAUGUAGAACUUCUACCUACGUAUUUCAACCCACGCUCGAGCCACACACACGGUACGGACGAUAAAUGUUCUCUCGGU